AUGGAUGCAGAGAGCCAGUUGCGGCGACUGCGAAAGAACGUUGAAGAGCAGAGCCAAGAGAUCGCCAGGCUCACCUCCGAACUCGGGCAGCAGACCCGCCUGGUGAAGUUGCUGGAUGAGAAUCUGCAGCAGACUUCACAGCAGACCUUUGCCCUGGAGUACCGCCUCUCGAACUUGGAGCAUGAGCGCGAAACAAGCCAACGGUCGACAAGGAUGGCCUUCGAAUCCCUGGGGGCCAGAGUGACCGAGCUUGGUAUCGAGGUGGCUGAACUACCCACAGCGAAAGAGAUGAAGGACACGUGGCGCCAGCUUGAGCAGUCUCUUGUCACUUUGGAGCAUCAGCUCCGACGUGAGUUGGACGGCCGCGCGGAGGCUCUGGACCGUGAGCUGAAAGGAUUGGGGGGCCGCCUCGAGGAGGUGCACGCCGGCCUGCGAAAGGACUCCGCCGGGAUCCGGAAAGAUUCGGAUAGCAACCGACAAGACAUCGCAGCCUUGCUGAGACAUCUCUGGGGCGACGAGCUGCCUGCGCGAGCCGUCUUCGUUGAUGAGAAGCCGGACCAGUCACAGGUAUCCACCCAGCCCAUGGAGCCCAUCACGGAGCCCAUCACGGAGCCCGUGACUGGGCCCGCAGCGACCCACUGCACUGGCUCCACUGGCCCUGCCGGCCAGUACAGGCAGGCAGCUGCAGGUCUGCCUCUGGUGCCGCGCAUAAGACAGGCGGAAGAGCGGCUGACCUCCUUAGAUGGCAAUCGCAAGGCUGACUACGAAACCAUUCUGGGCAAGCUGGAGCUAAAGGCUGAUAGGGAUGAGAUGACGAAGCUUUUGGCCACGAAAUCGGAUGUGGAGCACACUCACGACCGACUGGUUUCCAUGGAUGGUUCCGCAACCUUUGCACUUUGA